AUGAUUAUGAGCAUGAACGUCCGUCACACCUGGCAGUCAGUAUGUGCAUGUACGUCCGUCACAGUCUCACAUGACUAUAUGUAUGUACGUCUUCUUAUUCUUAGAAUAAGAACAACAAUAACACCCUCAUAUCGAACAACAGUAUAUAGGAAACCUACAUACAGUUGUCUUAUGACUAAAUGGGAUUCAUUUGUUCAACACCAAAAACCGACUAAACGACUACGAAUAAUACAGCGCCCACCAAAAACUAUACAACAAUAUUUUCAAAUAGAAGAUAAUAUUCCACAUCCGUUAAAAUCUAAUUUGGUUUAUCAUGUAAUUGCAAAAGACGGUAAUGAUGAUUACGUAGGUGAAACAAUACGACAGAUUAGCAGACAUUUCAAUGAACAUGGAAUAAAAUUUCAGAUUGAGCAACAACAAAAUAAUUCAACAUCACAACAACAAACAAAUAAUAGUAUCACACCAUUACAACAAAAUUCUACUACUAAUAAUCAUCAUCUUAUUCCAAAUCAACAAUUACGUCGUAAACUUCUCGAAAUAAUUAAUGAUCGACAACUAGAAUAUGCAUGUCUAGACGCUCUUGGUGAAAUACAGCCACCAUUAGAGCAACCUCAACCAUCAAUUAAAUUACCAUUAAUUCCACCGACCCGAACAGUAGCCAAAAAAUCACCCUUUUAUAUACAUAUGUUUGAAACUGGAAAACGAAUAACAUUAAAAGACUAUCAUUUAUUAAUGACUGAUAAACAACCAGAAAGACUUCUAAUAAAAGAAGCUUUAGCUAUAAAAGGCUUAAAUCCCACUCUAAAUAAGACAGUUGCAUCAACACCCCUCUACAUUUAUCCACUAGGUAUACCCUCAACCUUUAUACCUGACCCUGGAGGUUAUAGGAAAAAGAAUCGAAAAAUUUUUAACACGAAAACCGCAAUAGACAUUCCAUAG